AUGGAUGAACAAAACCAUACUUUUAGUCGUCUAAAUGCCUAUUUUGAUGACCCUCAUCAUAUCAUACCUAUGAUUAUGACUGUUGUGACAGUGCUAAUUAUUCUUGGUAAUAUAUUGGUGAUUGCAGUCGUAUACCGAACCAAAGCAUUUGCUAAUGCCAGUGGCAUGUUCAUGACAUCGUUAGCGUGCGCUGAUCUCGGUGUUGGCGUGUUUGUGUCACCAUUGUCGAUUUACCCAGCCUAUAUCAACUACUGGCCGUACGGACACAGAGUUUGUACCAUGGCAGCAUUCUUCACCGAGCUCUUCUCCUGUAUAUCAGUCUGUUCUCUAGCUUUGAUAGGCAUCGAUCGUUAUUUGGCCGUAUCGCAGCCACUUGCUUAUAAAACAAUUAUGCCACCGGAAAGAGCCCGCAAUGUCAUUCUGGUAAAAUGGUUUUUACUUUUAUUGAUGUGUUUGCUGCCAGUCUUUGGUGUUGUUGAAGUGAUGUAUUACGCCGAUCUUUACAUUUGUAACGUGGCAUGGGAGUUGGAAAUUGGAUAUGCUCUUGGCGUCUUUAUACUGGUAAUCAUACCCAGUUUUGUAGCCGUGUUCUUCUGUUACUUUCACAUAUUUCGCAUAUCACACAAAGCAGCGAGACAGAUAGAUCAGCAGAGAGAUAGCAUACGCAACAAUGUCCAGUCAAAGACGAUUGGUAGUACAAGCAAACGUAAAGGUGCUAUGAUGUCGUUUAUUAUCAUCGGCUCAUUCUGUUUGUGUUGGACGCCUUGGUUAGCUCUGCAAAUCCAAGAGUCGGUUGUAUUUGCACGAUCUGAAAGCACCGGGAGUGUCAUCUCGGGACAUCCACAUUUGCCACAGGCACAUUUUGUUACAAUGUGGCUUGCAAUAAGCAAUAGCUUCUUCAACUGCGUUAUAUAUUUUCUCUCCAAUAAAUCGUUCCGCAAAGGUGCCAAACGUAUAUUUCGAACCUUUGGCUUUAUGGUAGUGUGUAAAGGACGGAAGAGUAACCGGGGUUCCGAGGCAGUAAUUGAUAUCUGGUCGAUAGCACCCACGCAUCGUCGCGGCACGUUGGUUGUUGACAACUCUGUAGUUGUAACUUAA